AAGUGCGCGGGUAAAAUCAAAACAGAAGUUAAACUUGCUAAACUAAACUUUUGUUCCGUGUUCCGUUCAAGUCUUUCAAAGAAUGGCCCAGCAAGCGCAGAAACCGGCGAAGGAAAAGACCGCGGCCGCUGCGGCCCCAACGGUCGAGGAGGAGGAGGACGACUACGGUCCGAUUCUGAUCGGUAAACUAGAGGGCAACGGAAUCACCAGCGGUGACCUCAAGAAGCUCGGCGAGGCCGGAUUUCACACGGUGGAGUCGGUGGCCUUCGCACCGAAAAAGCAACUCAUCGCCAUCAAGGGAAUCUCCGAGGCGAAGGCGGACAAAAUCAUCCUCGAAGCGUCCAAGCUGGUUCCGCUGGGCUUCACGACUGCCACCGAGUACCACCAGAAGCGCUCGGAGAUCAUCCAACUGACCACCGGCUCGAAGGAGCUGGACAAGCUGCUUGGGGGAGGAAUCGAAACCGGAAGCAUCACCGAGCUGUUCGGAGAGUUCCGAACGGGUAAAACCCAGCUCUGUCACACGUUGGCCGUGACCUGCCAGCUGCCGGUCAGUCAAAACGGCGGAGAAGGCAAGUGUCUGUACAUCGACACGGAAGGAACCUUCCGGCCGGAGCGACUGCUAGCCGUUGCCGACCGCUACAAACUGGUCGGUUCCGACGUCCUGGACAACGUGGCCUAUGCCCGAGCUUACAACUCCGACCACCAGAUGCAACUGCUCGUGCAGGCCUCCGCAAUGAUGGCCGAAUCCCGUUACGCCCUGCUCAUCGUGGACAGCGCAACCGCCCUCUUCCGAACCGAUUACGCCGGCCGCGGAGAACUCAACGCGCGUCAAGUCAACCUCGGUAAAUUUCUCCGGAUGCUGCUCCGUCUCGCGGAUGAAUUCGGUGUGGCCGUCAUCAUCACGAACCAAGUUGUGGCCCAGGUGGACGCGUCCGCCAUGUUUACGCCGGAUCCGAAGAAGCCCAUCGGAGGUCACAUAAUCGCGCACGCUUCGACGACGCGGCUUUACCUGCGCAAGGGUCGGGGUGAGACGCGAGUGUGCAAGAUUUACGAUUCGCCGUGCCUUCCGGAGAGUGAAGCCAUGUACGCGAUCAACGCGGACGGGAUUGGCGAUGCCAAGGAGUGACGAGGGAGGGAGGGUGAUAUUGUUAUUAAGGGUUUCUUUUGCUUAGACUGUUUUUUCUUCUCUUAUACUGCGAUUUUGUUAUAUAAGCUAGUUUUAUACUCAA